AUGGAACGCAGAAAGGUCGCCUCUUCGCCCGAAAACUAUACCCGAGCAAUCAUCUCGCUCUCGAGGAGAUAUUCAAGCACCUCUGUCUUCCCAGGAAACAAUUUCGUCGAUCUUGGAGAAUGGAUGCUGCAAGACCGCAGCCUAAUUCACCCAGCAAGUCCGAGAGAAGAAGCGCCUUUAUUUGUUUCCAAGUCAGAAGAGCCCCAUGACUUAGUUAUCGUGUACAACAGUGGGGAAAGAAAGUGGGAUAUGCAGCAGUAUGGUCAGCACGAGCAUGAAGCCUUUUCCGCGGUCACAUCUAUUCCGCCGGGAGGCGCGGGGCAAAUAGUCUUCAUUCGGGGCUUCAUCUCGCCGUCAUGGGUGUCAGCAAUUGGCAGCAAAUAUGGCAUCGACCCGGAAUUCUUCAGGCGACACAUGGACUUUCUUUCUGCGAGCAUUGAUAGACAUGCAUAUAGUACGCCAUCACUUCCUAGUUCUUCGAAGAACUUGUUUCGACUUUGUGUAAACACUCUCCUUCAUCGCGACGAUUUCGGCGGACAGGAUCUUCAGUUGCAGCGCUCGAAACAAGCUGCUGAACUUGCGACGUAUAAAAUACAACAACUUGGAUCUACCCGAGUCUGUUGCGGAGACUCGUUGGUGCGCGAGUAUUCCACAGUUUGCUCUUCAUUCUCUGUGAUUGAACAAUGGAUUUCACUCUGUAUUACCAAGACGGAGAGUGGCUGGGCUGUUAUUGCUUGGAUGGACCAAGGUAGACCCUUAGAGAAAUCUCCUCCGGGACCGUGGACGAGUCACAUCGAGUCGAAAGCCACGCCACUUCCCGUUCUUCAACACCAUCCCAAGAUGGCAUUUCGAACAACCACAAAUCGUCUCGAUCCGGAUGCAAAUGUUUCAUCGCAAAUACAACAAAGUACCGCCAUUCUACCUUUACAAUACGACUCACUGGUUGCGCUUGUCGAUUUGGCCCGUCGAGCACCACAAGAUCCGCUUUCUAUGUGCAUCCCAUUAUUCGCACACGCAGCCUUUUCCGAGGUUCAGUUCUUGAACCUUAUCGAGUCUAGGAUCCAAAUCCAGAUAAAUACUAUCGUUGAAGGGGUUUCAACUGAUGCGCUGGGAACCCUUCAAUACUUUUCUAAUAUUCUCACUCGUCAUGCACAGCAGCUGAAAGAUACUUCUCUCGUACUAAACAAAUUAGCUGAAAGAAGCUACCAGAUCUUCGGCAGAGCCAGGGCGGAAAGUCCAUUGCCUCCAAGUCUAGGAGUUGGCACACGGCGGCAGCCAUCCGAUUCUGACACAGUCAGAAAUUUCGGAUCCAGUAGCUCUGACGGCACCUUUACAACAAGAGGUGUUCUAGAUGACUAUGAAGAGCUUCGUAUUCGUUGCAUUGAGUUGUCAAAUCUCUGUACCAGCGGCAUAACUCUGGCAAUGAACAAAGCCACAAUUGAAGAAUCUAGGAAGGCCAUUGAACAGUCAGAACGGGUCAAGAAGCUCACCAUUCUUGCGACGCUCUUUAUUCCUCUCAAUUUUAGUUCUAGUCUGUUUGGUAUGAAUGUUGAUCUGCUAGGGCAGAAUGCGGUAAGAUUUUGGUGGUUCUUUGUCUUGUGUGUCCCGAUUACAUUGUUCGCCUAUGUAUUUUAUCUCUGGGACUACCAAUAUCUGAAACAGCACUGGACGAGACUCUGGAAAAGUCUUUUAUAUACUAGGAGAAAGAAUAACGCUGGAGGAAGUGAUAAAGACCCAAGCCAUACGGUAUAG